AUGGCAUCUUCCGGUGACGGUAUAGCGGUAGGAACAGGUUCACCAUGUGGUGCAUGCAAGUUCUUGAGGACCAACUGUGCAUCAGAUUGUAUAUUUGCACCGUACUUCUCACCGGAGCAAGGAACAGCAAGAUUCGCAGCUAUUCACAAGGUGUUUGGAGCAAGCAACGUCUCUAAGCUCUUGCUUAAUAUGUUCCAAUCCAUGAUCGAUGUGAAGCUAUUGCCACCAUCGCCUACGAAGCUCAAGCGCGUCUUCAUGACCUUGUUUAUGGUUGUGUCUCUCAUAUCUUUGCCCUCCAACAAGAGGUAA